CUGCAGGAAGGGGCAAUGGCAACCCAGGUGCUGGGCACAGUUAAAUGGUUCAAUGUCCGCAACGGCUAUGGAUUUAUUAACAGGAACGAUACCAAGGAGGAUGUCUUUGUGCACCAGACAGCAAUCAAGAGGAACAACCCUCGGAAGUUCCUGCGCAGCGUUGGUGAUGGAGAGACGGUGGAGUUUGAUGUUGUGGAAGGAGAGAAGGGUGCCGAGGCAGCCAACGUGACCGGCCCAGGUGGUGUGCCAGUGAAAGGCAGCCGCUAUGCCCCGAACCGCCGGCGCUUCCGCAGAUUCAUUCCCAGGCCCCGGCAGGCCCAGCAGCCGCUUCCACCACAGGAUGCCACCAGAAUGGAAGGGGCUGUUGAAAUGGUCAGUGAGGGGGAGAGAGUCGACAAUGCCAUGCAGCAGCAGCAGCCCCGUCGGAGGCGUCCUCCACCAUUCUUCUUUCGCCGGAGAUUUGUGCGUGGGCCGCGUCCUCCAACCCAGCAGCAAGCUCAGCCAGCACAGGGCACAGAAGGUGCAGAACCUAAAGAUGCCACCCAGCCAGAGGGAGACCAGCAACCGCCAGCCCAGCCUGGAGAGAGAGCACCAGCCCCUCGCUUUCGGCCUAGAUACCGCAGACCCUUCCGUCCCCGUCCACCACAACAACCCACCACUGAAGGAGGGGACGGCGAGACCAAAGUGGCGCAAGCCCCUGCAGAUGGCAUCCGCCCUGAACCUCAGCGCCAGCGUAACAGACCUUACUUCCAGCGCAGACGGCAGCAAAUCGGCACCCGGCCUGCAGCAGUGGAGCCUGCUGUUCCCACCUCCAAAGAACAGCCUCCUCUGAGCUCUGCUGCUGGGGGGGACACUCCUGCUACCAGUACCCCGGCCACCACUCAAGAACCAGCGGUGGAAGCCAGCAAAUCUGCUGCCCCAGCUCUGGAGGGUUCCUCCGAGCCACUGCCUGAGAUCCAGCGACAGCUUGUGGAUACUUCAAUGCCUGAGCCUGGAGGAGACCCUGCUCCAGCCCUGCUGGCAUAAUAAUCCUGCACACUGAGGGGAUGCAAAGAGCUGCCAGCUGGUAUCAAUCUUGCCUGUAUCCCCAAGUUACCUCAUACUGCAGAGACCCCAAACUCUACUUGGUCCUCCCUCCUCGCUGCUGAUCGAAGCCAAGAAUGUGAACCUCAAAGGGGGGACUCUACACAAUCUUUAAGUUUAAAAAAGCUUUUUGAGGGGAUAGUCUCCCCUUUCCACAGCUUCCCCAGUUCAGAGAAACUGGCUGUUCGAAACUUGAGUUAAUUCCCUUCCUCCCCUGGAUUUUUGAAGAGCACUUUUUGCAAACGUUAUGUGCAGUUUGGGUGUCAGUAAAGGAAUUUGCACAGA